UCUCUUCUCACCAAAACAAUGACACAACAACUACUACGAAACAAGCGAAUAUGAGCCUUUCAACGGCUCAUAUUUCUGAGCUACAAGGCUUUUUAAGAAAAGCAGCAAUCGACUGCUCCGAAAGGUGUCUAUAUCAAUCCUCAAAAUGGGCUGCCGAGUUGCUCAACUCACUUCCAGACAAGGAAAACGCCAAUCCAACCGAGCAUCAGCUCCCGAAUUCUAUGUCUAAUGCUUUUGAGUUCAAAUUGGAGCAACAUGGAUUUUCCAACUAUCUUGUAGCUAAACCAUUCUUUGACUGUCGCGAGUUUCGACGCUGUGCGGAAGUAUUUCUCCCAACAUGCGGUGGUGAAUUGACGGUGUCCACAAAUACACGCAUCAGUCAAAAAGCACUAUUUCUUUCGCUAUAUGCUUUAUUCAUUGCAGGCGAAAAGCAGAAAGAAGAGGAACUAGGUCAAGUCUUAGGUCCCGACGACACCGAAGCAAUUGUCAAUAAGGAAUUGAAUUACAUUAAAUCAACCCUGGAGUCUUGGUUCAAGUUUUUGCAGCAACCCGAUUCUAUUCAGUCUAGGAUGAGCGACGGUUGGUUGGAAUACUUAUAUGGGCUGGUCCUUGCCAGAGAUAGGAUCGAGAACCCCGCAAUACACUGGUUAUUACAGAGCGUCGCUAUAAACCCCUGGAAUUGGAGUGCUUGGCUAGAGCUGAGCAACUUGAUGAGAAGUCCACAGCAGCUUCAGCAAGUUCAAUCGGAAUUAAAACCGAGCAUCAUGACGUUCAUCUUCUCUAUCCACUGCCGCCAAGAGUUGAACCACACUUCCCCGUCCCUUAUUAACGAAAUUUCGCAGCUGAAAGCCAUAUUUCCUCAUAGUCAAUUUUUAGAAAGCGAGCAAGCGUUGGCACUAUACCGCAUGGAAGAUUUUGAUCAAGCCAAUUCGAUCUUCUCGGCGAUGCUCCUGUCUAAUCCCUUACAUCUAGAUGCUCUAGAUCACUAUUCAAACGUACUCUACAGCCUAGUUUCCCGUGACCGGCUCGCAUUCGUUGCCCAGAUAGCAUCAACAGUUGAUCGCCACCGGCCAGAAACGUGUUGCAUCGUUGGAAGUUACUAUUCUUUAUCUUCGCGUCAUGAGGAAGCAAUCGUAUACUUCAAGAGAGCCUUGGUUUCAGAUCGGAGCUUUUCGUCGGCUUGGACCUUGCUUGGUCACGAAUACCUGGGGCUGCAGAAUAUCCAUGCUGCGAUUGAAUGCUACCGACGGGCGACUCGUCUGAAUAGGAAGGACUCUCGUGCGCUGUUUGGCCUAUCUCAAGCUUACCAACACUUCGAAAAGGAUAGCUUUUCGGCGUAUUACUUGCGACAGGCGGCUAUAUUAAGUCCAAACAAUGAUUCUCUAAACGCCAGUUAGAAGCGAAGUUGAUAUACUUAUUGUGUCUACGAAUUGUAAAUAAAUGUUAAUAUCUACUAUAUUUACA